GCAUGCUCAGUGCGCUGAUUGUCACCAUGGAGUCAGUGGGUAGCAGCCCGGCCUGCAGCGAACAGAAAAACUGUACAGGCGACGAUGAAUCCAAAGACUACUGCUACUCAGCCCGGAUCCGCAGCACGGUGCUGCAGGGGCUGCCGUUCGGAGGCGUGCCCACUGUGCUCGCCCUGGACUUCAUGUGCUUCCUGGUGCUCCUCUUCGUCUUCUCCAUCCUGAGGAAGGUUGCGUGGGAUUAUGGCCGCCUAGCGCUGGUCACAGACGCAGACAGACUGAAGAAGCGUUUCAGCGACUUGGAGGAGCAGGAAUACGUUGCCUCAGCAAUGCACUCGGAGACUCCGGAUCGCUACGAACGCCUCACCUCGGUGUCCAGCUCUGUGGACUUCGACCAGAGAGACAACGGCUUCUGUUCCUGGCUCACGGCCAUCUUCAGAAUAAAGGACGAGGAGAUCCGUGAGAAGUGCGGCGAGGACGCCGUGCACUACCUGUCCUUCCAGCGACACAUCAUCGGCCUGCUGGUCGUCGUCGGCGUCCUCUCCGUGGGCAUCGUCCUGCCGGUGAACUUCUCCGGUGACCUGCUGGAGAACAACGCCUACAGCUUCGGACGCACCACAAUCGCCAACCUGAAGUCAGAGACCAAGCUGCUGUGGCUCCAUACAACCUUUGCCUUCAUGUACCUGCUGCUGACGGUCUACAGCAUGAGGAGACACACGUCUAAGAUGCACUACAAGGAGGACGAUCUGGUGAAACGCACUUUAUUCAUAAACGGCAUCUCCAAGUAUGCUGAUGAGAGUCAGAUCAAGCAGCACUUUGAGCAGGCCUAUGAAAACUGUGUGGUUCUGGAGGCUCGGAUCUGCUACAACGUGGCCAAACUGAUGGCGCUGAGUGCUGAGAGGAAGAAGACGGAGCGCAGCAAGAAGUUCUUCACCGACCUGAUGGCUAAGGAGCAUGUUCCCACCAUGAUCAACCCCAAGCCCUGCGGACACCUGUGCUGCUGCGCCAUCGCCGGCUGCGAGGAGGAGGAGGCUGUGAGCUACUACACCAAGAGAGAGGCCAAGCUGAAGGAGGAGUACAGGAAGGAGAAGGAGAAAGUCCACACCAAGCCCCUGGGCAUGGCCUUCGUCACCUUCCAGAACGAGGCCAUGACCGCCAUCAUCCUGAAGGACUUCAACGCCUGUCAGGUUCAGGGUUGUCGUUGUCGCCAGGAGCCGUGUUCCUCUCAGUUCAGUGAAGUUCUCCAUGUUCACAACUGGAGCGUAACGUACGCACCGGACCCGCAGAACGUCCGCUGGGAGCACCUGUCGCUGGGCGGGAUCUCCUGGUGGAUCCGCUGCUUCAUCAACUGCAUCCUCUUCAUCCUGCUCUUCUUCCUCACCACGCCGGCCAUCAUCAUCUCCACCAUGGACAAGUUCAACGUCACCAAGCCUGUGGAGUAUCUGAACAACCCUAUAAUCACUCAGUUCUUCCCCACCCUGCUGCUCUGGGCCUUUUCUGCUCUGCUGCCCACCAUCGUCUAUUACUCUGCCUUCUUUGAAGCUCACUGGACCAGGUCUGGAGAAAACAGGACCACCAUGCACAAAUGUUACACCUUCCUGAUCUUCAUGGUUCUGCUACUGCCGUCUCUUGGACUCAGCAGUCUGGAUGUUUUCUUUCGCUGGCUGUUCGAUAAGAAGUUCCUGGACGACGCUAAAGUCAGAUUUGAGUGCGUCUUCUUACCGGAUAACGGAGCGUUUUUCGAAUACGUCAUCGCCUCAGCCUUCAUUGGGAACGCCAUGGACCUGCUGAGGAUCCCCGGCCUGCUCAUGUACAUGAUCGCUGUGCUGGCUCGCUCCGCCGCCGACCGCCGCAACGUGAAGAGGCACCAGGCCUACGAGUUCCAGUUCGGCGCUGCUUAUGCCUGGAUGAUGAACGUCUUCACGGUGGUGAUGGCCUACAGCAUCACCUGCCCCAUCAUAGUCCCCUUUGGUCUCAUGUACAUGCUGCUGAAACACCUGGUGGACAGGUACAACAUGUACUAUGCCUACCUGCCCUCCAAGCUGGACAAGAAGAUCCACUCAGCUGCAGUGACUCAGGUGGUGGCCGCGCCCAUCCUCUGCCUCUUCUGGCUGCUCUUCUUCUCCACUGUCCGCACAAGCUUUGAUACGCCCACCUCCAUGUUCACGCUGGUGGUUCUUGUUGUCACCAUCGUGGUCUGUCUGUCCCACGUCUGCUUUGGACACUUCAAGUACCUGAGUGCCCACAACUACAAGAUCGACACAAAGGAGAGUGACGUGGACGCCGUGAAGAACGGACGACCGGCUCGCUCUUCCUCCUCUCCGACCAAACAACAGCAGGUGGCACCGCAGCAGCAGAUGUACAUCGCCCAGGUGCUGCAGGACCCGAACUCGGACGAGCCGGGCGGCGCCAGCAGCGAGGAGGACCGGGGCUCGUCACAGGACGAGGAAAUGCUGAACGGAGGGAACAGCAUCAACGAGGCGGAUUUCCAGUCGGGGGAGGACAGUCUGAUCGCCAACGAGGUCCACCAGUAGCUGGAGGCGGAGCUAGAGGAAGGGGCGGAACUAGCCACACCACAGCUACCAAUAAAGCUAACUGGAGAUCACCGUUCGCACUCAAACGGUAGUGUGGCUGGGUUAGCCCCGUCCCCCCUCAGCCUGAAGACUCGACCCUGACCUUUGAUGCCGGCGCCGGAUCGCCACCAUCCAGCCCUCCACAGAAAGUCACUGUACAUACCCACAACGCCAAAACUGUCGUCCGUUAUCCGGGUGAGGGUGGGGUCCAACUUGUGCCUGGGCUGGUUUCCGUUUGUUCGCACUUGUGUCUUGAUCCCAUCGAUUCCUGUUCCGUCGGAAGAAUGAACGCGUCGGACCGCUAAACUCUCCAACCGUCCGAUCCCGUAGCCGUAGAAGCUUCGCUAACGCAGAACGGCCCCACCUUCCUUCUGUUCCCAAAACUCCGAUAUCUGUUCUGCACAUCCUUUUGGUUUGGUGUCGACCCGCCGAGCUUCUUGCUGCAUGUCGUGACGUCGCCACCUAGGGGUGACGCCAUUCAUCACAGGAACAAACUCACCCGAAUUUCUUUGUCAGCAGCUUGUCUGUCCAGAUCCUCCCCUCCCAGAUUCUCUCACCUGGACUACCUUAAGUUGUGAAUAAGGGAACGGGAUGUUGGUGUCGGUAGCGCAGUGCUUCGACUCCUUCAAGACUCUCGGACUCUUCCGGCGGCAGAGAGCUCGGAUGUCCGGAGACACGGAAGAGCAGCGCUUUUCGUCCGGUCCGAUGCCUGAAGCUGUUUGGACUCUCAAGGGAAACGUUUUGUUGUGUUUUUGUGAACUGCGUGUGCGUGUGUGCGUGUGUUCGAUUGCUCUCCGGCAUUCAUUUCGUAAAGUCUAGCACCUUCUCCAGGUAACAGAACCGGUUCCGGUUCCUCUGAUCCCGGGUGGUUCAGAUGAUUAGUGAUGUAUCCUGAGGAUUGAGACGAUCCCAGUGAUGCUGGACUGCGUUGUUCCCUGUCAGACAGGUGAGCUCAUUAAGCUGACGCAGGUAUUCCAACAGCUGCAGUCUCCAACCUGACCUCUAGAUGGCAGCAGUUGUUCCCAACCAAACUUCUUUUUCAACUAUCCAAAUGGGUCAGAAUUUGUAUGUUACAGCGAGGCUCUGGGCCGCCCCCUACUGGCUGGUAUCCCUGGGACUUUUUUUUUUUCCCCCCCAAGACAUUUUUUAUUGAAUUUUUGAGCAAGUUUUCCUUACAGUUUUUACAUGACUCUAAUUUCCCACAUCUUCAGAGAAAAAAAGAAAAGACAACCAGAAAAAAAAGAAAAAAGACACACAGAACACAGCUUCUCAUAAACGGGAUGUUCAGACAAUUUAGAUAUAAGUGUACACUUCUAUACAUCAUAGCACAUCGCAGGUUCCUACAAGUCAGAAUUCAAAUGGGCCCUCUGACAGGUCUAAGUCCUUAAUGAAAGUAAUGAGAGGCUCUCAUAUUCUCUCAAAAAGAUAUUGUUUGGAUUUCUUAAUAUAUGUUAUUCUUUCUAGCGGGAAAUUGAAUGCCAUCUCUCAACCAUUGCGUGGCUCUUGGUCUGUUGACAUUUUUCCAAGCCAAAGCUAUACAUUGUUUUGCUGCCAGUGAGCUUAUAUCUAUAAAAGUACAUUCUGUUUUACUAAAAUGAUGGUUCUCAGGGUAUAGAGCCAGCAAGAACAAUUAGGAUCCAGUAAAAUCGGCCUUAAGAUAAUGUUUUCAAUUAUAACUUUCACCUCUGUCCAAAACAAAGUAAUUUGUCUGCAUUCCCACAUACAGUGUAUUAACGUCCCUUUAGAGUUGCACUUUAUGCACAGAUCUGGGAUGUUGUUAUUGUAUUUAUUUAAAUGUACGGGCGUAACAUAGAUACGCAUUAGCCAUUUAAAUUGUAGAAUUCUAGAUCGACUGUUAAUGGACAUUGUGUGGGUUUUUAUACAUUUCCGUCCUGUUCACUGACAUUUGAUAAUAGGUCCAAAUUCCAGUUUAUGAGCCUUUUAUUUGAGUUCUCUGUUGAGUAAGAGAGCAGCACUUUAUAAAGGUCUGAAAUUAUACCCUUUCUUAAAUUAUCCCGGGUUAUUUUUUCGAGCGUUGUAAGGGGAGGCCUGUUUAGAUUACUGUUAUUUGCUUUCACAAAGCUUCUUAUCUGAAGAAACUUAAAAUAAUGCUUUUUGUUUAGGCUCAGUUUGGUUUGUAGCUCCCCAAAUGACGAAAAUAUAUCCGAAUUUGAUAGGUACAGGUCACCAAUACGCUUUAAGCCUUGCAAUGCCCAAAGCUGAAAGGUUCCAUCUGCCCUACCUGGGGCAAAUAGCCGAUUGCCCCAUAUUGGGCUAAAUUGGGAUAUUCCGUCUGGCUUCUCAAGGUAUUUUUUAACCUCCUGCCAAAUUUUAAUCAAAUGUUAAUCAUGUUUUUCAGAAUGGGGUUCGUAGUGUGUUUCUGUAGUUUAUUUGAUGUAUCGGAAUAUAUGAACAAUGGAAGAGCUAAACUUAAAUUAUGGGAUUCCAUUUCUACCCAAUGAGGUUUUCCUUUAUCUGCAAAAUAGAAACAUAAUAGUCCUUAAUUGUGAGGCCCAAUAAUAACAUUUAAAGUUGUGCACUUUAACCCCCUCUGUCAAAUGGUAAAUAAAACAACAAAAGACGUAUCCUGGACCUUCCUAACCCUGGGACUUUCUCCUAAAAACUCCUGUUUGAUCCACUUCAGCUGAUUCUCAGGAUCCUGAGAAUCAGCUGCAUUAUCACCUUCAUGUUAUUCCACAUCAAAAUCAUCCCUGGAGUCUUAUUGGAGGAGCGACAUGAUGACGAAGACAGCGUGUCAGAAAGAGCAGGAGCUUGUUAAAGAGACAGAGGCCCAAUUUAAACCUCAACUGCAAAGUCAAAUUUCUUUAGUCAUUUCAGACGCAUCAAACAUUUUCAUAACUCAAGGCGACAGAGUCCCUGACUGGCUGUAGAACAUGUAUGUUCUGUAGAACAUGUGUGUUCUACAGAACAUACAUGUUCUACAGAACAUACAUGUUCUACAGCGGUAUCUGCCCUUUAAACCAGGGAUGUCAAAGUCCAGUCCUGAAGGACCGGAGUCCUGCACCGUGUAGAGGAGGUCAUUAGGUCAUCAAGACUCUGUGUCCAGGUCCUGAUCCUGGUCCAGGUCCAGGUCCAGGUCCAGGUCCUGGUCCAGGUCCAGGUCCUGGUCCAGGUCCAGGUCCAGGUUCUGGUCCAGGUCCAGGUUCUGGUCCUGGUCCAGGUCCUGGUCCAGGUCCAGGUCCAGGUCCUGGUCCAGCAUCAUCUGGAUCUGAACAGAACCACAGCUUCACUACUGGUUCUGCUAACCUGGUUGGUGCCGACCCGGUCCGAACCAAACCCGGUCCAGUUGGGUUGUGGCUUCAUCCCAGUUUUCAUUGCGGACCAGAACCGGUCCAUUCAGACAAUGAUGCCCAUGCAACAGGGAAGAAGAUUCAGGUGUUUGUUUUUCCUGAGUUCAUGUUUACAUCUGUUUGUUUUAGAGUGUGUGUGUGUGUGUGUGUGUGUGUGUGUGUGUGUCAGACACUGAGCUGGACUAUGAAAGCUGCAGCGCCCCUCCUGGCGGCGGCUGCACGCUGGAGAACCUGCCCCCUCUGUGUCUGUCGCUGCGUCUCUCGGCCUCGAUUGUAACACAGGAAGCAGAACCUGCAGAGGAUCCGGGUCAGAACCUCCAGAACCCUUCGGACUCUUCUGGGUCUCGCCGGAUGCAGAUGAUCCGGCCUGCUGGGUUCUGGUUCUGAGCUGGACCGCAGGUGGACCGGCUGUGUGAUAUUUUUGUAUCUUGCUGAUUGAAGUGUUUGAUACCGGACUGUGUUACAGAAGGAGAAGCUGGAAGGUUUUUAAAUGCCACUUUCUGCUUUUCUUAGUUUUUUAAGCAUUGCUGCAGGAAGAUGAUGAUGAUGAUGAUGAGUGUAAAUAGCAGUGGACUGCACCGCCUGAGGCGAACAUGCCGCUUCAUGUCAGGCUUUAUUUAUUGCUGUGAAUAUUAUUUUUACGUUGCUCUCCGGAUGUUCAGUGAAUCUUUUGUCCUGUUUAUGUUCCAAGAUCAAUAAAGCAGCUGAUCCAAAC